GAAUUUUCUUUUACGGCCUCAAUCAAGCCGAAACGGGUUCCACGGAGGCGUAACUUGUUUGGAAAUAAAAAGAGUCAAAUGGCGACAUCCGAUAAAUACGGUGGUUGAUCGAUGGCAUUGAACAACUUUUUGGUCUUAAAAUCGUUCACAACAACAGCACGAUGCGAUGUCGUAUUAUCGUCUUGAAAGUUUCCGGAAAUUAUUGGUCCACAUUCCGGUCGUUUACGACGGAUGUUCUCUCGCAAACGCCCCAAAAUACUCAGAUAAUACUCUUCACUGGUCGUCUGUCCCGUCGGAAUGAAUUCAUCAAGAACCAAACCUCAAAUACCAAAAAAAGAAGAAAAUUCCCGAAACUUCCUGAUCCCAAUGUAUAUAUUCAGCCCAAACGAAGAUAAACUGUCUUAUUAAAUUAUUAAAAAUUUCAGAAGACUCAUGCGAUAAAAGGAAAAAGUCUAGUUACUUUUCUGGAAUAAGUUUAUCUACCCAUUUACUAUGGUACAUUGCAGAAAAUAUCAGAUUAAAUUUUCCAAUUUGCAGCAGAAUUAAUCUGACUUCCGAGUUACAAGGAAAUUUCGAAUGGUUAGGUUAAAGAAGAAGAUAAAAUUUUUAGAUUUACUUGUCAAAGAUUUAAUACGUAAUAUAUAUAGCAAGAAUAUAGGAGAACGUUGGAAAUAUCUUAUAGUAAUCUAGUAAGCAUAAUUGAACUCCAUUUUCCCAGGACUCUAUUUCCCCUGGCAUCGAGUAGGUGCUGCUCGAUUUAAUUCGAAAUUAUGCUUUCCAUUAUUAAAGAUAGAUGUUCAACCUUUGGGGACCUAUCAUUAAGGCUGAUAUAUGCACAAGGAUGUAUUUUUCAUUUGCGGAAUGAGUGAGGUUUUGGGGGUGAUUAGACUAAAAAGGGCACGUUCAAUGACUAAUGUUAUCAUACAAUUAAUUUUUGAAUGGAGCCACCCCCACAUCAAAAAUAAGCACUUCUAAUGAGUGGUAAUAUUUAGUAGUUUCAUUAUAUUCAGCCUCAGCUCCCCACUUACUGACGAUGCUUACCCAAAGUACACGUGGGACAUGAGGAACAUAUUUUAAAAUGGUUUCAAACUCAAACUAGGAGCACAUUAUUUUUUAAUUCUGCAUUACCCAACUCAUGCUGGACCGAACCAGUGUAGCACCUUCGCAAUAAGUGGAACAAUCAACAUAUCGCUGAUGAAGAAUCAGCGUCAAUACGGACCACGCUGACUCAAUAAUUAUUAGGGCCCCCAGAGAUAUGUAAUAAGCUAGUUUAAAAUAUGUUUAUGUAGAAAAAGAGUGGUCUACUUAGUAUAAUAUUGAGUAAAUAUUUCUUGAUCGAAAAGAGAGAGCGAGAGUCAAUCUAAUUAAUAUUUAAAAAAUGAGCAUUGAAAUCACUACAAACACUGCUGAUAGAUUCAAACAUUUCAAAACAUUUUUUGCCUACAUGUGCUCGUUAUGAGGCGCUUAAACCAGUCUGAAGUCUCUUAAAGGAAUAUUAAAGUGAAUCUCUGGAAGAUAUUACUUUUUUUUUGAAAGGGAAAUUAUAAUUUAUUCAGAAACAUUUUUAACCAGCGCUAAGCUUUCAUAGGAGUAACUCUAUAACACUUAUUUUUUCUUUAAUUUCUACUCAUUUUUCCACACUAUUUCUGAAAUACAAACUCAAGUUUCUUGGAAAAAGUUUCAAAUGUAUUUCAAAACGGCGGUUAAAAGUUUUUAAAAAAUAAUUAUGGAUUGUGAUACGAUAUGCAUUUCUUAUAGUUAAUCGAGAGUCAUUUAGUUCUUAUUUUUCUAAAGCUGUCGAAACGUUCGAGAUUUAUACCGUUGUCAGCAGAACAUUGAACGGAGUUUACUUUGUCGGCUCCGGCUAUUCAUUUCGUCUGAAUGAAAACCAUGCUCUCAGUUUUCGAAAUAUUUCAACGAAAAUUGGUAUGCAGAUGCAUUUGUUGAAUUUAUGAUGAAUCAUUUGCCAAACCCAGACAGAUUGAAAGACUACAACAUAUAAACCCCAUACAAAAUAUUGUCUACACAUGCAUUCGUGAUUUUCUCCGAAAAAUAUUAUCUCUAAUGAAAAACAAACCCCUACCGAUAUGUGUGAUCUACAGUUGUCUUGUUGAAACCCAGUUUUCCUUAUGUUGGCCAAACUACGCGCUUCUUGGCGAUUGUUUUCUUCAGACGAUCCAAUUGCUGAAAGUACAGAUACGAAUAGAAAGUUUGGAUGUAGGAGAUCAGCUCAUAGUUAAUGAUUCCUUGCCAAUACCACCAAACUCAUAACAAAAUCUACCUGGCCGUCAAUCCGGGCUCCAAUAUUAUUUUCGGUGCCAGUUAUUUUAUUAUAUUUUUUAGUACAAAAUAUUAUCUCUCUAAUGCCAUGUGGCGUAAUCCAAUCGCCUUUAUAGAACUCAAGCUACAAACCACUAAAGCCAUUGAUUGCAUAAAUAAUGGAUUACUUUUUACUAGGACUAAUAUUAAGAAGUUCGAAUCAAAAUCCUGAGUGAAAAGUAUUUUUUUUGUAUAAAUAAAUCAAUAUGUAAUAAUGCAAACAUUUUCAUGCUUAAAAAAGUCCAACACUGUAAAUACUUAGAGCACACGGUGUACAUAUAUAUUUUUUUAAAUUCAAAGCUUUUUUCGCACUAAAAACUCUAAAAUUGCAUGUUGCAACACUAAUGAAAACUAACAAACCAAAAAUCGGGUAGAUUGAAGAAAUAAUGGAAAGAGAAUACAUUAAUGGUGCGCAUAGAGCAAGUUCUGAAAUAGACAGCGGUGCCAUUGGGGACGGCGACAGUGUAUCUGACAAAUCGUUACAUGAAAAAUCCAGUGAAGAAGACACGGGAAGUGAAUAUAGUGACGUUUUACGAAAAGCAAGUUCCGAAAUCAACUCAGGUCCCAUUGAUGUUGUAGAAAGUGUAUCUGAGAAAGCGAUUGAGGGAAGGCGUGUAAGAAAUGGUUAUCAAGAAUUCUACCGGGUUGUAACGUUGGAUGUGAAAAAUGCAUACAAUACAGCAGAUUGGGAACAAAUAAUUGCCGCCAUACAAGAAAAACAAGAAAACAAAAGCGACAGCAGCGAAUACCUCGAAGCUGCGGAUGGCAUUGACGGCAUAGAAGGUCAAAUACUAAAUCAAAAUCAUUGGGACGCCAUAAGUGGUGCCAUUAUACGGCAGAGAAAUCCGAAAGUAGCAACACUUGUGGGCGCAGCCGAUGACAUAGCAUUGGAGGUGAUCAAGAGGCAUUUAAUCGAUGUUGAGACUGCCAGCAAAACAGAGGUGGUGCUGGUACAAGAUUGGCUCAAUUCUAUUGGUAUGCAAUUGGGUGAAAAGAAAUCCGACGCGGUACUCAAGUCGCGCGUAAAGAAGAUCGAGCAGGAGCGUGUAAAGGAAGGUAAUCUUCUGAUGAGAGCAAAACCGGAAAUUGGUUACCUCGGUCUAUUAUUGAAUACGAAGUUGAAGUUUGAUCAUCAUCUACAAUACACUGACAAGUAUAUGCCAAAAACUAGUUUGGGCUCAGCAAAAACCCUAUCAGAUAUGAGUGCUUUGAAGAAAAUGUAUUUGGUAAUGAAUGUCUCAACAGCAGCGUUGCUCUAUCCAUCAAGCCGUCCGGAACAUGGUUUGAAAUUGGUUGUGGAGACGAAUUAUGAUGUUGAAAGAAAGUUACUUUCUGGCAAGAAUGAAGAUAUACAAGGCGAACAGCCAUUAGAUAAUGAAGAGGCUACUGAUUAUGUGAAUGUUGUGUUGGUUGACGAGCACAAGCGUUGGAAAAUGCGACGCACAGAAAGUCUGCCAGAUGUCGCUCAGUUGGAAUGAACUUUCUUGUUUUUAAAUUAAUAUAUAUUAAUAGCAAAAGAAAUGGUAUUUAAUAAUAUUUUUUUCUUUUAUUACAAUUCUAAAUAAAAGAAUAUUUCUUUCAUAUUUCACUAGUAACUAUAACUAAACAGUUAAUAUUUUUGAAAUAUAAAUAAAACAGCUUCAUGUUUAGAAACGUAUAGUAGAUUAGUUGUUCAAUAAUAAAAUUUAUCCAACUCCUCCAAAAACACGCUUUCUGUUGAAAACAUAUCAGAUUUUUUUCGUUCAAACCAGAGAUGGUAAUCAUUAUGAGUUUUAUCAAAAACUCGAUUUAAAAUCAUU